CCGUGUCACCAGGGCGGGGCGCCUGCCGGAAGCCCGCGUUGGCGGCCAAGCGCAGGAUGGCAAAACAGAAGAGAAAAGUUACCGAAAUGACAGAGAAAAAGAACAAAAAAUUGAAGAAGGCAUCAGCAAAAGAGAUCCUGAUGGUGCCUGAAGUCACACUGGGCACCAAAGAAGUGCACCCUGAGGGAGGAGCAGUAUUGGGGGCUGGGCAGGAGAUGGCCCCCCAGCUGCCAGUGCUAACCCCGGAGGAGAAGAGGGUCCUGGAGAGGAAGCAGAAGAAGGAGCGGAGAAAAGAGGAGAAGAAGCGACUGCGAGAGUCAGGAGCAGCCCAGAGCCCACCGGCCAAGCGUUCCGGGGCCCAGCUGGCCCUGGACUACCUCCGUGGCACCUUCUACUUCACAUCAGACCAUGUGGCAGAGGAAGCAUUUUUGAAGAGUCCGCCUGUUUCUACCAACUCCAAGAGCCUGGCUUUGCUGCUCUCCCAUCCUGACUUACUUCCUCCAACACCUGAUGUUACCUGCUUCCUCUUCCACGGCCCCUCCAGUGUGGGCUGCAGCUGGGCCGAGAAGCAUGAUAACUGGAGAUUUCAGAAGACGAGGCAGACCUGGCUGCUACUGCAUAUGUACGACAGCAACCAGGUUCCUGAUGAGCUCUUCUCCACACUGCUGGCCUACCUGGAGGGGCUCCAGGGCCGGGCCCGGGAGCUGACAGUGCAGAAGGCAGAAGCCCUGAUGCAGAAGUUGGACGAGGCUGGCGGCAUGGACCCCCUUCCUCAGGGGAAGACCCAGCGCAUCCGGCAGGUGCUGCAGUUGCUCUCCUAGGGGGGUGGCCAGUGGGCCAGGGCCACUCUCAGGAUGCAGCUGGCUGCUGCCUCCCAGAGGUGCGGCCCCAACGAGGGACAGGCAGGCUUACCAGCAGAUCAGUGACCAAUGGGCCUGGGGACUCCCGGGUACUGAGUCCCCGUUCCUGCUGGCUCCUGACCCUUGGAAGGACUAACUCUGGCCAAACUGUUUAUAGAUGAUGAUGUGUUUUCAUCCCUUAACAGCAGAAUAUGACCACUCCAACAUAACCUAGAGAUGCCAUCCUGGCUUCAGGCCCCCAGGGAAGUUGCUUAUUGAAGAAAAGGUCUAUUUUUCUACUGGAAAUGUCUUAGAGACUGACCAGGGCCAGCCCUUCCCUCCAGCUGUGGUCUGUGCCUGGUGGGGGGUGAGAGUGCCUCUCUGCUGCCGGCUACCAGCGUCCUGGUCACCUGCCUACAUUCUCCAGUGGGUCUGGGCCGUGGCUCGCCCAUUCCUCACCUCCCUCCUUGAGUCUGCUGGGGCCUCACUAACCAGUCCCGAGGAAAACCUGGCUGUGUUUUCAAUAAAACCGGCCAUGUCUGUUGGCUAUGGCUCUUA